GUCGGGUUCGGUAUUUCAAAAACUCACUCAAUAUGGUUCGCCAGAAAAACAGGUAUCUAUUGUGUGAAAUUAUUUAUAUGGAUGGUAAGAGAUUGAAAAGAAAUCUAAAAGAAAGAGAUAUUUACUGUUGUGUCCGAGAUGCAGUGGCCAGAGAGCAUGGAGACUAUGGAUUGGCUACAAGCUUAAAAUCCUUGUCAGUGCAGGCUUACUUCCACCCAAAUAUAGUGAUGAUAAAGGUCUCAAGAGAUAGCCAUAAAAUGCUACAGUCUGCACUCUUCUUUGUUCGUAAGAUAGGACAGUACGAAGCUUUCUUCAACACCCUUCACAUUUCUGGCACAAUAAGAACAUGCCAAAAAUUUUACGUCAAUUACCUGAGGCGAGAACUUCCACAGCUUCUGAAGGAAUGUAAGACUCCAGAUGAGGAAAAGGAAGUGAAAAGGGCCAUUUCAUCAUGUGUUGCUGUUGAAGUGACUUGAGCAUUAUCAGGGAUACAAAAAAUACCAGUAACAUUGAAAUCUAGUACUACAGUGAUCAUAAAGAACACUGUUGGUAAAUGUUAGAGAGAUGGGCAGAGAAAAUGUUAAGCAUCCUGCAUUUAUCAGUGACUCUCAGGGAACCAGACAAAACAUACCAAAUAAUGAAAUAGUCAAUUGUUAAAGAGAUUUUGAAUAAAUAAAUAUG